AUGCCCGUGAGGGUUUGUCAAGACGAUUCUGACUUCCAAUCUGCUAUGGCUGAAGCGGGAGGGAAGCCAAUUGUGGUAGACUUCUCAGCGGAGUGGUGUGGGCCAUGCAAAAUGAUCGCUCCAGUUUUCGAAAGUCUUUCCAAUAAAUACAUGUCGAUGGUCUUUCUGAAAGUUGACGUCGACAAAUGCGAAGAAACAGCUGCUCAGAAUGGCGUUUCUGCGAUGCCAACUUUCAUUGUUUUUAUGAAUGGAAAAAAAGUGGAUUCACUUCGUGGUGCAAACACAAACGGCCUUGAAACUAUGAUACAAAAAUGGGCUGAGACACAACCUGCGGGAGAUGUUCCUGGCCAAGCAGAUAUCACUUGCUUAGUGGAUAAGAGGCAAAUGGAGUGUCUCAAUGGAGACGAUGCGACCCCGUUAGCUGGACUUCUUGAAGGAGAGAACACUCUCAGAUCAGACUGUGAUGAGCAGUUAAUCAUUUCUCUUCCCUUCACUCAACCAGUCAAAGUGCAUUCCAUUAUGAUAAAGGGCACGGAAGCGAAGACACCGAAGCUUGUACGCGUAUUUUCUAAUCUUCCGAAAACCCUUGAUUUUGAUGGAGCAUCCUCCGUUGAAGCAGUGCAAAUCCUGGAGUUCAGUGAGAAAGCGCAAAGCGAGCCGGAGCUACAACAACUAAAGUAUGUGAAGUUCCAGAACGUCAAUAACAUCCAACUUUUCAUAGAAAACAAUCAUGGCGGUGGUGAUGUGACCGAAAUUGAGAAGUUGCGAAUCUAUGGGACUCCGUUGAGUGGAGUUAACAUGAGCGAGUUUAAAAGGGUAUCUGGCAAAAAGGGCGAAGUAGGUCACUAG